AUGGAUUUGGCGAUUCGUUUCAAUGGGGAGCGGCACUUGCUGCGGCUGCCAGCCGGAGCAACUGUUGAGGAGCUGCAACACCAUGUACAGCAAGCUACACAGCUGCAUCCUCAGCAGCAGCUGCUGCGCUGGGGCUUCCCUCCAAAGUCGAUCCCAACAGAGCAGGGUCAGCGGCCACUGUCUGACUUAGGCUGCAGUAACGGGCAGCUCAUCUUAGUCGAAACAACAAAGCCCAACGCGAUCGGUAGUCUGAACAAUGGCAGGGUUGGCGGCAACUCCACUAGCAGUGGCUCCUGUGCAUCUUCAAAGGCAGUCUCCCCAGAAGCACCCACAUCGGCCCCCGCCGCCCCUACACUUCGAGACUUCGGGAUUCAACAACAGCAGACGGAGCCGCCGUCCGCUUCGUGCGAGCUUCCUGCAGGCGUAUCUGGUGCAUUGCUUGAGUGCCUUGAGGCUUCGGCUGCUGCCGUCGCUUCGGCGCCUCGGCCUGCCGUCUCACCCUACCCUCCCGGGGGAUACACAUUUGUGCGGCUGCCCGUUCCAGCUGACGACAGUUGUCUCUUUGCCUCCAUAGCAGUGGUUGCAGUGCCUUCAGUCUCUUCGCAGCAGCUGCGAGAUGUGGCUGCCCUAGGAAUCCUGAAGAACCCGGAUACGUUCUCCGAGGUUGUUCUUGAGAUGCAGCCUCAGGACUAUGUGUCUCGUCUGAGAAACAGCCGCACAUGGGGAGGCUACGUGGAACUGGCGGUCCUAGCUGAACAGCUGCGGCAGCAGAUUGCAGUCGUCGAUGCAGAAACGUGCAGACUCGAUCUGUACGGAGAGAAGUACACGACUAGGAGGAGCUAUCUUUUGUACGAUGGUAUCCACUACGAUCCCCUAGUUGUUGUCGCUUCUCAGGGCAGAGAUGGCACUUCAGGGGCGCUUCAGAGGCCUUCGCAGUCCUCCCCUGCCGACAUGCUGACGGUAUUUUCUCCAGAGGAUGCAGCUGCAGCAGCCGCCGCCUCAGCCGUAGGACACGUGGUGCAGCAGCAACAGGGCUAUGUUCGGGCAGGCGGGAUGCUUGCGAGAUGCCUCGUGUGCGGUGAACUAUCAAAAGACAACGAGGCUAUGCGGGCGCAUGCAAAGGCUACGGGACAUCAAAACUUUGCCCACAUUCAACAGUAG